GUUCCCUUGCGGUGGAGGUGGAGUUUCUCAGGAAACAAACACACGUUCCGUUCUGAUAACAAACCCUACUAGGCCUUGCCGUCUGGGCGAUUGCUCAGCUGGGGUAAAGCUGGGGCAAAGCUGGGGCGAGGCUGGGCCGAGGCUGAGCCGAGGCUAGGGCGAAGCUGGGGCGGGCGAGGCUGGGCCGAGGCUGGGCCGAGGCUGGGGCUGAGCUGAGGCAUGGGUUGGAGGAGGAUGGGUUGGAAUCUCACAGUGGUUCGGAACCAGGGCCUACGCUGGUGUGGUACGAACUCAGGGGUGGCAGCAGCGUACUCCUGGCGUGGGAGGAGGCUCGGAGGGCCUCUCACCUGCCCCCAGCCGCAUCUUCCCCAUCGCUCCUUAUGGGGCGUCCAACUUCGGUAUGUGCCUACAGGUUUCCAAUUCGGAAAAGGGCCGCUGCUAGAACGAACAUCUGCUGCUGCUGCUGCUGACAUUGCCGCUGCUGAUAUUCCUGAGCCCUUCCAGCAGGACCUGCGCUACACCCAUCUGUUCCAACCGAUUUCCUUCUGUGAUUUUGCCAGAACACAGCUCCAUGUCUGUCGCUGAAUGCCGCAGCAGGCACGUGAAGCCAUGCAUUGCGCUUGCCCGGGCUACCAACCAAGAUUUUUAUGGGAGGCGAUUAGCAGCAACGCAUCUACCCGAUUCCUACAUUGCGUGGAUUGGGCGGCACGGCAUGCGGGUUGAAAGCCAGCAGAAGCGGCCUGCUAGCCUGCUGUGGCACGAUGGAGGGUCGAAGAAACAAUACUGUGGAUGGAGUGGAGUGAAAGUUGUGACUCCGCGCUGCCGUGCUGCUGAUUCUAUUGCUGCUGAUUCUAUUGCUGCUGAUUCUAUUGCUGCUGAUUCUAUUGCUGCUGAUUCUAUUGCUGCUGAUUCUAUUGCUGCUGAUUCUAUUGCUGCUGAUUCUAUUCUGCUGCUGCUGAGGGCGCUGUUUCUGAUCCCAGAGGUCGAAGCAACGGCCACAUUUCAGACGUCUGUGCCGGCGAUGCACAAGCAAACGCUACCUGUGUGACUCGAGGAUCUUCUCCAUCUGGACACCUGGAUGGUUCCCAAACGACCUCCCAAAACAGCUCUGAGGUGACUCAAAAUUGCUCAGAUUUCACACCACGACCCCUCUGGAGUGGAGUGAUGAGUCAGCACGGCCGACACAGGCUGUGCCACGUGGCAGCAGCCUGGCGUUCCUUGCCUCCAUGCUGCUGUCUUCCCCACCGUCUUUGCCCCUGGAGCUGGAUCCGACAGGCCUCCUCCCCAUAUAAGAACUCAGGAUUUUAUAAGAGCUCCCCGUAUUCCCUGUCGACGCCCACACGGAGCUCAAGCCAAUGAUAACACCCCAGUGCUGCGGCAAUGUGCUGCUGUCUUCCCUUGCGGCUUUGACCCUCAUGCUGGGACCCAGCAGCAGCAGCAGCAGAAGGAGGAGCAGCAGCGGCAGCGGGAUCUCGAGGUGCACAUUGGGGCCACUGCAUUGGAACUGGAUUCUACAGCAGGCAGUGCCUGUACUGGGUCCAGCGAGGCGUGUUUGUUGAAUCGCCCUUCAACAGGCUCUCGUACCACAAGGCAGGAGAGGGAAGAGAGGCAGGAGAGGGAGUUGGGAUGGUUCACCAUUGCUGAGGACGCGCCGGGCUUGCAUGCGGAAGGAAGGCCUGCUGCUGACACAAUACACAGCAGCGGAUGCGAGUGGCCUGACAGAUCAUCAGUUUCUGAAGAUGGUGAUGAUGAAGAGCUACAAGACACUGCAUCCUC